GGCACGGCGCGGCCCAGCUCUAUGGUGCUGGCGGCCCCGGCCAUGGGAGCCGAGCGGGAGGCGCGGGCCUGCGCCGCCUUCUACGGGGCGCUGGGCAUCGCGCAGCCGGCGCUCUCCUGCCUGCGCUGCCUGCGGCAAUUCGCGGGGAGUACUACCAAGAGAUGCAAAGACAAGCACCUGGAAGAGGCUCUCCUGCUGUCGCGGGUGCUGAGCGAGGGUCUGCAGGCGCUGGGUGAGGCAGAGACUCAGCCCCUGCUCCGCUGUGUCUUGGCUUUCCAGAUGGAGGCAACCAGCAGCUCCAGCUCCUUCCAGAAACUGGAACAGAUUGUGACCUGGCUGGCGGUGGGGAAGGAAGCCCUGCUGGCCCAGGAGGUGGGCGCGCUGCUGGCUGGCCUGGUGCCACAGAGCGAGGUGCUGUCUCCUGGGGACCUUCAGUCAGUGUGCAUGUUCAUGGAGGAGAGCAGCCUGGGCCGGCAGCACUGGCGGCAGAACCUGGCCCCACUGCUGCAGUGCCUGGCCACCACCUUGCGCUGGGUGCUGCAGAGCCAGCCUAUGCCUGGCGGCACGUGGGGCUACCUGGUCAUCAAGGCUUGCCUCCAGCUCUUCCAGGUGCUGCCAAAGGAUGUAGCCCCCCUGGUGUGGAGCAGAGGGGGGAAGAGUGAGACCCUGCAGAGCCUCUUGGGACUGCUGCUGGGGGUGGCAUGGGGGAAGGCUCUGAACAAGGACACAAGGCUGCUGGCGGGCACGGCCCUGAGCAUGCUGGUGAACACAGCCCCUCAGCCCCAGGAUGGGGCCAGCGCCGUGCUGACCCUCUUCCAGCUCCCCAGUCAAGGCACGGGGGAACUGAAGUUUGGGGAGCUGGCGGUGGAGGUCCCCCCCGACCUGGAGCCAGAUGGGCUGGAGAAGCUGGUGCUCACCAGAGGUUUGCUGACAUGCUGCAAGGUGGACAUCCUCAGCUGCCAGCUGGAGAGCUUCACCCACAAGGCCUGCCUGCUGCUGGACGUGAUCUUUCCUGCUGUGUGUGCCCUGACCAAGGAGCAGAAGGAUUGCCACUACUACUGCUUCCAAGCCUGUGCCCUGUGGCUGCAGCACCUGCGGGAGAGCCUGCCUGCCAUCUGGCGCCUGACAGGGACGCGCGUCCUGGCCCAGGACACCGAGCUCCUCCGGCAGCUUACCCAGCUGGUGUGGGACAACGCUGAGACCCCGGUGGAAGGGGUGUCCGAGUUCAUCCACAGCUCCUUCCGACUGCUGCUGGAGAUCUACCACCUUGAGUGCCAGCACUUCCAGGACCAGGAGAGACCCCUCUACCGGCAGAUGCUGCAGAGGGUGGUCUUGAUGCCGUGGCAAAUCAAAGCCAGAUAUGUGCCCCUGUGUGCCAUCGUCCCCUACGUGGGCAGCCAGCAGGUGCUGGACACCUACCCGGACCUGCCGCAGCACCUCCUGAACUGUCUCUCCACCAACCACCUGUGUCCUGCAGCUGCUGAGGUCUACAAGGUCCUGGUGCGGCAGCAGUGCACCGAGUGGCAGGAGGGGCAGCAGGGCAUGGAGGCGGCUCUGGCAGAGCGGUGGGCGCUGUGCUGGCUGCCCCUGCUCUCCCAGGCCCUUCGCUCCCCCCUGCCCAUUCUGCAGAGCAACACUGCUAACCACCUCCUCACAUGGACACUGCAGCAGCUCCCGGCCACCCAGGCACCACUGGCCAGUCAGUUUGGUGGCUGGGAUGUGGCGUCGCUCCGAGCUUGGGUCUUGCUGCUGAAGGCACAGAAGAGCAUGGCGGGGUCCCUGCUGCUGCAGGGCGAGGCGCUGGAGCGGCUCUCCUGCUGCCUGGGCGCCCGCGAGGAGGGUGUGCGGCUGGCGGCGCUGGGUCUCCUCUGUUGCAGCCCCAGCACCAACCGGCCCCUCUCGGGCACCGAGGUGCGGCUGCUGCGGGAGUUCCUGCCGCUCAACCUCAACUGCGACUCCUCCUCGUUCCGGCAGCUGCUGCAGGCAGCGGUGAGGAAGGCGCUGGUCCGGCUGCGGGACAGCUCGCUGGCCCAGCUGCGAGGGAAGGUGCCCCAAGGCAGCCAGCCAGGCGAGGAAGAGGGGCAGCUGCCCCAGGCAGUGGGCUUUGUGGAGUGGCUGCUGCAGCUCAGCAUUGCCUCGCUCAGCCCAGGCUCCAACUACCAGAGGAAGAAGACAGCUCUGCUCCUGCUGGCUGCUGUCUUGGAGACCUGCACGGACACCUGGAGCCCUGACAGGAAGAAAGGCCAGCCCCCACGGACCAUGGCCACCCUGCUGAGCUACGCCCGGCAGAGCGGCUGCUGGGACUUCUUCUCCCAGCCCAACUUGCUGGUGCUGCUGAGCUGCUUGCAAGACAGCACUAAUGAGAUCAGAGACUUGGCCUCAGAGCUGCUUGUCCGCUACUUCCCCGCCACGUUCCCCGAGCCCAUCGCCCUGGCUCUCUUCCAGCUGGCCCAGCACAUGCUGGGCAGCCCCCGAGUGCAGGAGGCUGAAGCUGGAGCUGUGCUGAUGAAGAUCAUCCUGCAGAAGUCAGACAGCAGCACCAUGAAGGUUUGUCACCUGGAGGCCAAAGCAGCCCCAGUGCUGCCCAACCGAGGCCUGUGCUUCGCUCAGCAUCUUCUCCACAUGCUGCAAGCCCAGUAUGCGGUGGCGUGCCAGGACCUGCUGCAGGCAGCAGCCACUGCACCGAUGCACGGAGCCAUCGCAGCCCUGCGGCGGUGCCUGCUGCAGGUGCCGGAGGUGGCUGCCUCCAUGCAGGCAGCAGAAUUAGCGCAGAGCUGGCAGGAGCUCCUCACCCGCCUUGUGACCACAGCAAGAGACAUCACCUCCUUCCUCCUGGGUGCUCUGCAGAGCCAGCAAGGCCCCGGUGCUGAUGAGCAAGCUGCUGCCCCAUCGUUUGCUGACAUGGGAAAUGCCAUCGGCUCCCUCAUCAUGCAGGGGAAAGGCCGGGGGCAGGAGGAAGAGGACUCAGUCCUGCUGUCAGAGGAGCACAGCCUGAUCCUGACCUGCUGCUGGGUAUCAGUGAAGGAGAUAGGGCUGCUCCUGGGGGGCCUGGCCAAGCUGCUGCUGGCCCCGGCGCUGAGUGCCGGAUCGGGGCCCCUCCUGUCGCUCCCCACCCUGCAGACAGCCACCAGAGUGUUCCAGGAAAUCCUGCUGCGGUGCCGGCACUGGGGAGCAGUGGAGGGCUGCAGCAUGGGCUUCACCAAGUUCUGUGCCGCUCUGCUGAACCACCCAGACGCAGAACUGCAGGCCAUCCCACAGACUGUGCUGGAGCAGGGCCUAGAAGCGCUGAGCGGACCCCGGAGCAGCUCAAUCACGCGCCGUGCCGCCGGCUUCCCCAUGCUCUUCCUCUGCAUUGUCAGUGGGGAGGCCCCGGCACUGACACGGCCCCUGCUGACCCGCUGCAUCCAGACGCUGCUGGCCUUGGCCACCAUGGCGCUGCCGCAGGACUGGGACCAGACCCUUGACCUCCCGCAGGUGUGUGCCCUCCACGUGCUGCAGACGCUGGUGCGCGGCGCAGGGCUGGGUGGUGCGCUGCUGCGGCACGCCACACCGAUGGUGGCCCUGGCACUGCGGGGCCUGGGCUCACCGUGCUGGGCUAUGAGGAACGCAGCCAUCCAGCUCUUCAGUGCCCUCACGUCCCGGCUGCUGGGCCAGCAGCGGAGCUGUGGGGAGGGCUGCCCGGCGGAGGGGGUGAGCCUGCAGGCCUUCCUCGGGCAGCAUCCCCAGCUGGGCGCCGUGCUGCUGGGCGAGCUGGAGGCGGCCACGGGGCCCACCCUGGGGGGGCCCUGCCUGCGCCCCGCUCUCCACGCCAUCCUCACCCUCCUGGCUCAGCUGCAGCCCAGUGCCGACGACCCUGGCAGCCCCUCUGCUCACUUUCUGGAGCCGCUGCUGGGGCUGGCAGGGAGCCCCAUCUAUGCCGUGCGAGCAAUGGCUGCCAGGGCGCUGGUGCCCGUCGUCCCACAGCCCCAGCGCUGUGGGCUCCUCCUGCAGCUGGCCCAGCAGCUCCCUGACUCACCCGGACAGGUCCGCUCGCACAACACUGUCCAUGGGUGCCUGCUGCAGAUGCAGGCACUGCUGGCCCCCACCCCAGGCACCAGCGGGCUGUCGGCCGAGGCGCUGCGCCCCGUGGCUCUGCAGCUGGAGGCGCGGGGCUGGCUGCUCACCCCUGCCCAGCGCUGCCCCCUCAUCCGCGCCACCUUCCUCCAGGUCCUCGCCCUCCUGCCCGCAUCGUUCAGCCACAGCUUCACCCAAAGCAUCUACAAUGCCAUCAGCACUGAGCUGGGCAGCCUCCCACCGCGGGGGAAGCCAGGAUGCGCCGAGCUGCAGGUGGGCUUGGCCGUCCUCCACCAAACCAUGGCCCGCUUUGUGUGCAGCGAGGCAGCCCGGCUGGUGGAUAGCGAGCGGAUUGGCGCUGCCUGCUCGCUUCUCCGGCAGCCGAAUCCCGAUGUCCAGCUUGCUGUCCUGAGCUGGGUGAUCUCCAGGGCAGGAAGAACGUGCGAGGAGCUGGAGAAGGCUCUUGGGCUGACAUUGCUGGAGAGCUUGUGGUUGGUGCUGCGAGAGAGAAGGGACAAAGAGUUCCUGAGAUUGUACCUUGAGGCUUUGCUGCAUCUUUGCAGAGACCCCUCCUCGUGGUCGCAGGAAGCUUCCUGUAAGCUCCAGGGCUCCUCGGCAGCAUGUCUGAAGAUGCUGCUGCACGUGGUGGAGGCUGAGUGUCCUGGUCCCGACCUCCUCUUCCAGGCACUGUGCUCUGCCAGCCUGCUGCUCGCCCACUGGUUCGGGGACGAGGCCAGCCCGCUGGUUGAGCGAUGGUGCACAGCGCUGGAGGAGUGCAGCCGGUCCGCUUCAUCCGAGGUGCUGCGGCUGGCGGCUGCCCGCUCCUUGCAGAUGGCAGGUGCCGACGUGGUGCGGCGAUCCCUGCACGCUGCCUGUCCCUCGCUUGUCCCCGUGGCUCUGCGGCUGAUAAACGUGGGCAUUCACCUUCUGCAAGAUGAGGAGCAGGAGGUCCGGCACGAGGCCUCGGGUUUUGCCAGCCUCCUGCGGCAGGACCCCAGGGGGCUGCUCCAGCACGGCUGCAUCUUUGUGCAGGACAACAUGGGGCUCCAGAGCCUCCUGCAGCUCCUCCUGAGAGAGUUUGGGGAGUACCCUGAAACCUUCAACUCGCUACUGCGGCACCUCCCCGUUCUCGAUCUCAGGGGCAUUGUGGAGGAGUUGGAGGCAAACAAAGCCACCAGCCUGUACAAGGAGGAUGAACCCAACGUUUUUGCAGAGCCGGCUGUCUUGGCCCAGCAGCUGCUUCCCAUCCUGCGGCAGCUCUUGGACAAGGCACACGCCAGCAGCCCGCUCCGUGCCUCGGCUCUGCGCUGGCUGGCGGCUGCGGGCCCCAGCGUCCUACAGGACCUGCAGUACUGCAGGCACCACUGGAGCCAAGGGGCUGCUGCCCGUGGGGGGAUGAAGGCGCUGGGCUGUUCCAGGCUGCACGCAGCCGUGGCUGUGCUGCUGGUGAGGGCACAGCUGGUGGCACAGGCGCUGCAGGUGCUGGGGGAAAGUGCCACCACCGUGCCAGGGCUGGGUUGCAGCACCCAGGAGCUGGAGCAGGAGCUUGUGCUGGUGCAGGGGCUGCUGGUGCAGUGUGGGCUGGCCCCUGUGCUGAGCCAGGGCAAUGCACCGGGGGAACAGGGACCACCAUCUGGAGCUGCCUGACAGCUCUGGGCAUGGAGCGGUGUCACACCAAGCCCGGUAGCCAUGAGGCUUCUGGCUCACACUGCCACAUCCCACCAUUUGCUGGAUGCUCUCUGGCUGCCAGCCAGGACUGCAGGUUCGGUGGUGUAACUCAGGGGAACCCCACUUGCCGUGCGGGACACACUCACUUCGUUCCCAAUGUUUUCUAACUCCCCAUCCCCAUCCCAAGGCCACCAGUAUGGCAUCACUGGGGGCACUCCUGCCUGUGGUGUGGCAUCCCUGCCCUUGGGCCUGCGUGGGAGGAGGAGACACAUGCCCUGGACCCCUCGUACCCCCUUGUGCUGCUCGAAUCCAACCACCUGGUUUUUAAGCCGUGGCCAGCCUGGGCUUUAUCCCGAAUAAAGAGGCCAAGAACAUC